GCAACGCAGCCGCGCAGACGCAGCCUGCGGUUGAAUACAUUUUUUUCUCGCUUUUUUUUCCUCCUCCUCCUCCACUAUUUGCUGCAUCCUUUUGCACACGCAAGGAUUCCGCCGGAUAACGCCGCUUGUGAGCCGAAAAGAGUGUACGAAAACCAAGUGCCAAACUGCGUGGCCCGAGAAUUGCAACUGGCCAACGACGAGCACUAGCACUGGAGAAGCAGGAAAAUACUCAAAGGAACACAGACAAAAACUGGAGACAGCCCAGCGGAAAGACAGCAAAGAAGAGACCAGAAAGCAGAGCUGCGCCAUGCACAAAAGAAAGAAACGCUAGAAACGCAGAGCGAAGCGAGCGACAGAGCAAAUACAAAGCGAAAGAACAGACAGACAGAGAGAGAGAGAGAGAGAGAGUCUUCCAUUCCGUUAGUCGUAGUUCGAAUCCGAAAUCAAAAUGGUACUCAAUUUACUGUUUAUAACGACGGUGAUCAAGUCGACGUUUGGCGUGGUGACCACGGGCCUGUGGCUGAUACCCUUGAUGCUGGCUGCCAUCACGUACUAUCGCUACGAUGCCGUGGAUCCCGAGUCGCGGCCAUUGGACCAGCUCAAUCUGUACCCGGAGUACGACUUCAUUGUGGUGGGCAGCGGCUCGGCGGGUGCGGUGGUGGCCAAUCGGCUGAGCGAGGUGCGCAAGUGGAAGGUGCUGCUGAUCGAGGCCGGGCCGGACGAGAAUGAGAUCUCGGACGUGCCCUCGCUGGCCGCCUAUCUGCAGCUGAGCAAGCUGGACUGGGCCUACAAGACGGAGCCCUCGAACAAGGCGUGUCUCGGCAUGCAGAACAAUCGCUGCAACUGGCCCCGCGGCAGGGUCCUGGGCGGCAGCUCCGUCCUCAACUAUAUGCUGUAUGUGCGGGGCAAUCGCAACGACUACGACCACUGGGCGGCGCUCGGGAACACUGGCUGGGACUACGAGCAAGUGCUGCGCUACUUCAAGAAGUCCGAGGACAAUCGCAAUCCCUACCUGGCCAACAAUGCGUACCAUGGCCGUGGGGGGCUGCUCACGGUGCAGGAGUCGCCCUGGCACUCGCCCCUGGUGGCGGCCUUCGUGGAGGCUGGCACUCAGCUGGGCUAUCAGAAUCGCGACAUCAAUGGCGCUCAGCAGUCGGGCUUCAUGAUCGCCCAGGGCACCAUUCGGCGCGGGUCGCGCUGCUCCACGGCCAAGGCCUUCCUGCGGCCCAUACGGCAGCGCAAGAACUUUCAUCUCUCGAUGAACUCCCACGUGACGCGCGUGAUCAUCGAGCCGGGCACCAUGCGCGCCCAGGCCGUCGAGUUCGUCAAGCACGGCAAGGUCUAUCGCAUUGCGGCACGCCGUGAGGUGAUCCUUGCGGCGGGGGCCAUCAACACGCCGCAGCUGAUGAUGCUGUCGGGCCUGGGGCCGCGGAAACACCUCGAGAAGCAUGGCAUACGCGUGCUGCAGGAUCUGCCGGUGGGCGAGAACAUGCAGGAUCAUGUGGGCAUGGGCGGACUCACGUUUCUGGUGGACAAGCCGGUGGCCAUUAUCCAGGAUCGCUUCAAUCCCACCGCCGUCACGUUCCAGUAUGUGCUGCGCGAGCGCGGCCCCAUGACGACGCUCGGCGGUGUCGAGGGCCUGGCCUUUGUCCACACCCCGUACUCCAAUCGCAGCGUCGACUGGCCGGACAUCCAGUUCCACAUGGCGCCGGCCUCCAUCAACUCGGACAAUGGGGCGCGCGUGAAGAAGGUGCUGGGCCUGAAGGAGUCCGUCUACCAGGAGGUCUAUCAUCCCAUUGCCAACAAGGACAGCUGGACGAUAAUGCCGCUGCUGCUGCGGCCCCGAUCGCGCGGUUCGGUGAAGCUGCGCACGGCGAAUCCCUUCCACUAUCCGCUGAUCAAUGCGAACUACUUUGACGAUCCGCUGGAUGCCAAGACGCUGGUUGAGGGCGCCAAGAUUGCGCUGCGCGUGGCCGAGGCGCAGGUCUUCAAGCAGUUCGGAUCGCGACUGUGGCGCAAGCCGCUGCCCAACUGCAAGCAGCACAAGUUCCUCUCGGACGCGUAUCUGGAGUGUCAUGUGCGCACCAUAUCCAUGACCAUCUAUCAUCCCUGUGGCACGGCCAAAAUGGGACCCGCCUGGGACCCCGGGGCCGUGGUCGAUCCCCGCCUGCGCGUCUACGGUGUGCGCGGCCUGAGGGUCAUCGAUGCCAGCAUCAUGCCCACCAUCAGCAGCGGCAACACGAAUGCACCUGUCAUCAUGAUUGCCGAGAAGGGUGCCGAUCUCAUCAAGGAGGAUUGGCUCACCAAUCCAGAGUACAAAGUGAAGCGACAGGCCUCCGCUGGGCGCACAAAGAGUCGAACAGUGGGGGGCGCUGGCGACACCGAGGCGGCAGCCAGCAGCAUACAAGCCGUCAACAUAAACAGUUUGCUUAACAACAACAACAGCAGCAGCAACAUUCUUGACAGCAGCAGCAACAUUCUUGACAGCAGCAGCAACAUGGUCGCCAGCAGCAACAGCAACAUCCUUGACACAAGCAGCAGCAACAUAAGUGCCAGCAGCAGCAACAUUGUCAACAGCAGCAACAUCACCUAUUCAGAGAGUUAGGUCGCACAGAGAGUCAGCUCCAGAUCAGUGCUCAGGGGUCCAUUAGCUUUACACACACACACAAUGGGGAGAGAGAUCUCGCUUCUUCUUUCUCUCCAAACGAGCAUCAUGUUGCCAUUCAUCAAAGUAUUCUCUUCUUGGAGCUCAGCCGCACAGCAACAAACAGUCUCCAAAGAAAGUUUACAAGAAUUGUUCUUUGCACACAAAAGUGCAUACAAACUUUGAUUGUGGUCCCAAUAAUGGGAUCAAUUGAAAGUUGCAUCAAAUCGAGAGCUUCCUUCGAAUCACAUUUCCAGCUUCUCUGCACAGAUUCUCUUUGACAAUUUGUAGACCCAUUGCCACGCAUUCUCUACUCUCCACUCUCCAGUCUACACUCUACCCGACGACACCUUUUCCAUUGCAAGAAGUUAGAAGAGAGAAGCAUGAUGAAAUCGAGUCAUAGAUUAUAAUGUCCCUUAAUCUGUAUUCCUAGCUUUAGUUGACCAUUUUUUUUUUCUUAUUGUCUUGUAAUAUUAUUAUUUUGAUUAUUGUUUGUGUAGUUUGUCGUUAAGUUAUGCUUACAUUAAGUUAAUAUUCUUUGACUAUUUAUAGAAAGCUCCCAUACACACGCAUGCGCAUUAUUUAAACGA